ACCUCGUCACCUCUCCAAUCUCUCCCCACCUCGUCUCCCCGGGCUUGAGGAGGGGAACGAUGGCGGGAUGUGGCGUCCGCGCCCUGCUGCUGUGGCUCUGCGUGGCCUCUGCCUCCCCCGACGGACCCGUAAUCACGUUGGGGCCCGAGAACCAGGAUGCACUGGUGGAGCAGGAGGCAUCCUUCACGUGCCACGUGACGGCCUCCCCAUCAGCCGAGAUCACCUGGUCCCGCAACCACGUUCCCGUGAGGCGCUUCGAUGCGCGCUACCGGCUCGGCGAGGGUGGGCAGCUGCUCACGGUGGUGACGGUGGAGGAGCCGGACGCCGGCGUGUACUGCUGCACCGCCUCCAACGGGCACGGGACCCCGGCGCACGCCUGUGCCGCCCUGCAGGUCAAGAUGAAGCCGCGCAUCACCCGGCCGCCCGGCGACGUCACGGUUGUCGUGGGCGCCAAGGUGGUGCUGCCGUGCAUCUCCAUGGGCAACCCCACCCCGGCCAUCUCCUGGACCAAAGACAACGCUCCUCUUAGGGAGUCGAGCCGUGUGUCGGUGCUGGCGUCAGGGAACCUGCGCGUGCGGGGCACCACGCGCACGGACGGCGGCCUCUACCGCUGCGCGGCGCGCAACAGCUUCGGCGUGGAGUACUCGCGGCCCGCCCUGCUCACCGUGCACGAGAGGAGCGUGGACCACGCAAGUGCUGAAGGUCCUGCGCGCAUGCUGCAGGCCCCGGAGGCCGAGUAUCAGGUUCGGCACGGGGCCGAGCUGGUGCUGCUGUGUCGAGCUCGGGGCCUCCCUCCUCCCACACUCACGUGGACGCGUGACGGUGCCCCCCUCCCUCCAGAGCUCUCGGCGGAGGUGGUGACGCGCGGCGCGGUCACGGAGUCCUGGGUCCGGCUCCGCGUUUUCCUCUCCGCCAACUUCGCGUGCCGCGCCGACAACGUUCACGGGAGCGCCGAGGCGCGCACCCAUGUCUCCCUGCAGGGGGACGGGCCCGGCUCGCCAGGCGAGGCGUCGGCGGCUCCGACGACUCAAUCCCCCGCGCGCGGCGCCGCGGCCCCGGCAGUGGAGGUGGCUCCAGCGCGCGGCGGCGGCGGCGGCGGCGUUGGUGGUGGAGGUGGAGGUGUCGGUGGUACCGCUGGAGCAGCCGGUGCUGGCGGUAGCGACCGUGGCGCCGGCGGUAGUCACGGCGGCGGCGUCGGUGCCGGCGACGGCGCCGGCGAUGAUAGCGGUCGCCGUGGCGGCGACGGUGCUCGCCACGACCCGGGGAUGCCGGAGCACGUGGCGCCGCCCCCCGCGGCGGCGGCGUCGGCCACGCACUCCAUGCUGGUGGUGAUCUCGCUCGUGUCCGGCCUGGGCGCGACCGCGCUGCUCACGCUGCUGGGGGCCGCCGCGUGCAACGCCGUGCGGCGCCAGCAGCGGCACAAGGAGCGCCGGCACGGCCACGACGAGGGGGCCGGCCUGCCAUGCGAGGCGCCCUCGAACCACGUGCUGCUGGAGCGGAUCCCACCCAACCCCAUGUACCAGCGCCUGUCGAGCCUGCUGAGCUCGCGGCUGCAGAGCCUCGAGUACCCGCGCAACAACAUCCAGUACGUGCGCGACAUCGGCCAGGGCGCCUUCGGCCGCGUCUUCCAGGCCAGGGCCCCGGGGCUGCUGGCGGGCGAGGCGGUGACCAUGGUGGCCGUGAAGAUGCUGAAGGAGGAGGCUUCACCAGACAUGCAGGCCAACUUCCACCGCGAGGCGGCGCUCAUGGCGGAGUUCACGCACCCCAACAUCGUCAAGCUGCUGGGAGUGUGCGCCGUGGGGAAGCCCUUCUGCCUCCUCUUCGAGUUCAUGCCGCACGGAGACCUCAAUGAGUACUUGCGGCGCUGCAGCUCUGAGGCGGGGCUGGCGGCGUCGUCGCCGCCGGCGAGAGCGCCGACGGUGACGACGGCGACGACGACGACGCAGGGCGACCGCUCCACGCUGUCGGCUCAGAGCAGCGGCUCGGAGCCCGUGUCGCUGUGCUGUGCCGACAAGCUGUUCGUGGCUACGCAGGUCGCCGCCGGCAUGGCCUACCUCGCCGAGCGCAAGUUUGUGCACCGGGACCUCGCCACGCGCAAUUGCCUCGUCGGCAACCGCCUCGUCGUCAAGAUCUCCGACUUCGGCCUCUCGCAGAGCAUAUACGCGGCCGACUACUACAAGGCGAACGAGAACGACGCCAUCCCCAUCCGCUGGAUGCCGCCCGAGUCCAUCUUCUACAACCGCUACACGAGCGAGUCGGACGUGUGGGCGUUCGGCGUCGUCCUCUGGGAGAUCUUCUCACACGGCCUGCAGCCCUACUUCGGCAUGUCGCACGAGGAGGUCAUCUACUUUGUGCGCGACGGCAACGUGCUCGCGUGCCCCGACGGGUGCCCGCUCGACCUCUACAACCUCAUGCGCCUGUGCUGGGCGCACGCGCCCGCCGACCGGCCCAGCUUCGCCAGCGUCCAGCACGUGCUGGCGCGCAUGCACGCGCAGCUGACGGCGCCGGCGCCCUGAGUCGCGAUGGGGAGCCGCCACCUUCCCCACCGCGUUCCCUGGUCCGGGACACGCGCGCGCGCGCUCUCUCUCGCUCGUUACGCUGAGGGGGCGCUGGCGCCCCUUGCAGCCGUGGGCCCGUGUCGUCGCCGGUUCCCGCCCCAGAGGCGGCUUCGGUCAGAUUCGGUGCAUCUCGUGCUCAGCGCCGGGUGGUGCAUUCUGCCCCGGAGACCCCUGCGGUGGCUCCGCUGGCACCCGUGUUCUGCCUAGUAGGGGCCCCUGCUCAGCCGGGGGGAGUUCAGUUUGUUUUGCCCAGAUUGGCUCCACAACAUCCGUUCUUGGUCGGGGGACUGCGUGCCGAUCAUGGGGUCUCUGUGUUCGCCCAGAGGACCCGUUCCCUGGUAUCUGGAUCCCCGUCUUGAGCCUCUAGGUCCCCUUCUGAACUAGAGGGUCCCUAUCUAACCCAGGGGGCUCUUGUCUGAGCCCUGGAGUUCUCUGUCCCGACCCUGAUUGUUGCUAUCUGUCCCUGUUUAUCUGUCCCUGCUCUCUGACUAUUGGGUCCCUGUGUGAUGCUUAGGGACCCCUUUGACCCGACGGGCCCCUGUCCACACAGGAAUGUGGGCUGUGGGCCCCGGUCGAACGCGUGGGUGUGUGAAUGAGCGCUUUUCAUUGCGGCUCCGACGGCAGUGGAGGAGCGUUUUUUUCUCUCGAAAGGGUCGCGAUGAAAUAAAACGAUUCGUGUUCACAU